AUGCCAAAGCUGAAUGAAACACCUGCAAAGACCAAUGAUUUCAGCUAUCUGAAGCCAUUGCCGCAGGCCGAGAAUAAUUUCUCAGACCGCUUCACUGCAAAGGCCGAUGAACAGCCUGCCACACCACCUUCCGUAUUCAAUAUUGUUGAAGAAAAGGAAGCGGCUCCAUUGCAGGUAGUGAUUAAGGAAGAGACGAAGGAAAACGAACAGCAGACUUUCCAAUAUGGUGAUCACCGUUUGUCUAACGAAGAGCUGGAAGAGAAGCGCCGGUUUGAAGAGCAAAAGCGUAUGCUGGAAGAACGUGCCGAGCGUUUACGCAAGCUGAGCUUCAACAUCAAGGGAAACGAUGGUGGUGAUGAUCUGGAAAAUGUACCUGCUUAUAUGCGCCGGAAUGUAAACCUGGAUAACAGUGGUUCCAGCGAUACUUAUUACAGCGGUUACAGCAUUGGUGUCAACGACCAGCAGAAAAAUAACCAGGCAGCUAUCCAAACCAUCAAUACUUUCCUGGAUGGUAAGAAGCCCGAUUAA